UGCGCGCAUGCAGCCGGUCGGGCUGAGCUGAGAGGGUGGGGGGGCAACGGCCGAGGUGGUGUCGUUAUUUCCGCGGUCUGGACGGUCGGUGGCAGCUCGGGUGGCCACGGGAGAAGUAGGUAGGGACCUCCCGUGCGAAGCUAUUGAGGCUCCCUGUCUGUCGUGUCUGGAAGCUUCGGCCCCCGCGCGUGUGGCGGACCCUGGGGACGCUAGAUCACCCUGCGCCCCGGCCCUCCUGCCGCGCUUCAGGCAUAAUGGUUAUGAAAGCUUCUGUAGAAGAUGAUGAUUCAGGAUGGGAGCUCAGUAUACCAGAAAAGAUGGAAAAAAGUAAUACAAACUGGGUGGACAUAACUCAAGAUUUUGAAGAAGCUUGUCGAGAAUUAAAGUUGGGAGAGCUGCUUCAUGAUAAGCUAUUUGGUCUUUUUGAAGCCAUGUCUGCCAUUGAAAUGAUGGAUCCCAAGAUGGAUGCUGGCAUGAUCGGAAACCAAGUCAAUCGAAAAGUUCUCAAUUUUGAACAAGCUAUCAAGGAUGGCACCAUUAAAAUUAAAGACCUCACCUUGCCUGAAUUGAUAGGGAUAAUGGAUACAUGUUUUUGCUGUUUGAUAACAUGGUUAGAAGGCCACUCCUUGGCACAGACAGUAUUUACGUGCCUUUACAUUCAUAACCCAGACUUUAUAGAAGAUCCUGCCAUGAAAGCUUUUGCUCUGGGAAUCUUGAAAAUCUGUGACAUUGCAAGGGAAAAAGUAAAUAAAGCUGCUGUUUUUGAAGAGGAAGAUUUUCAGUCAAUGACUUAUGGAUUUAAAAUGGCUAACAGUGUGACAGAUCUUCGAGUUACAGGCAUGCUAAAAGAUGUGGAGGAUGACAUGCAAAGAAGAGUAAAGAGUACUCGAAGUCGACAAGGAGAAGAAAGAGAUCCAGAAGUUGAACUAGAACACCAACAGUGUUUAGCAGUAUUCAGCAGAGUGAAAUUUACUCGAGUGUUACUGACAGUGCUUAUAGCGUUUACUAAGAAAGAGACCAGCGCUGUUGCAGAAGCUCAAAAAUUGAUGGUUCAAGCAGCAGAUCUUCUUUCUGCCAUUCAUAAUUCUUUGCAUCAUGGCAUCCAGGCCCAGAACGAUACUACUAAAGGAGAUCAUCCAAUUAUGAUGGGUUUUGAGCCACUUGUUAACCAGAGGCUACUUCCACCCACCUUCCCUCGAUAUGCAAAAAUAAUUAAAAGGGAAGAAAUGGUCAACUAUUUUGCAAGAUUAAUAGAUAGAAUAAAAACUGUCUGUGAGGUGGUCAAUUUAACAAAUUUACAUUGUAUUCUGGAUUUUUUCUGUGAGUUUAGUGAACAAUCACCUUGUGUUCUUUCAAGAUCUCUAUUACAAACCACUUUCCUGGUGGAUAACAAAAAGGUCUUUGGAACUCAUCUCAUGCAAGACAUGGUGAAAGAUGCACUUCGGUCUUUUGUCAGUCCUCCGGUGCUUUCCCCAAAGUGCUGCCUAUAUAAUAAUCACCAGGCCAAGGAUUGUAUUGACUCCUUUGUUACUCACUGUGUUCGGCCGUUCUGUAGUCUUAUUCAGAUCCAUGGACAUAAUAGGGCUCGGCAGAGAGAUAAGCUUGGUCAUAUUCUUGAGGAAUUUGCUACCUUGCAAGAUGAGGCAGAAAAGGUUGAUGCAGCCCUUCACACUAUGCUGUUGAAACAGGAACCCCAGAGGCAACAUUUGGCCUGUUUAGGUACCUGGGUCCUUUACCAUAAUCUUCGAAUUAUGAUACAGUAUCUUCUAAGUGGCUUUGAAUUGGAACUCUACAGCAUGCAUGAAUACUACUACAUAUAUUGGUAUCUCUCUGAAUUCCUUUAUGCAUGGUUGAUGUCGACAUUAAGUCGUGCCGAUGGCUCUCAAAUGGCAGAGGAAAGGAUAAUGGAAGAGCAGCAGAAAGGGCGGAGCAGUAAAAAGACAAAGAAAAAGAAGAAAGUUCGCCCACUGAGCCGUGAGAUCACAAUGAGCCAGGCAUAUCAGAACAUGUGUGCUGGGAUGUUCAAGACCAUGGUAGCAUUUGACAUGGAUGGCAAAGUACGAAAACCGAAGUUUGAGCUUGAUAGCGAACAAGUUCGAUAUGAGCACAGAUUUGCUCCCUUCAACAGUGUAAUGACACCACCGCCAGUGCACUAUCUGCAGUUCAAGGAAAUGUCUGACCUCAAUAAAUACAGCCCUCCUCCUCAGUCUCCAGAACUGUAUGUGGCAGCUAGUAAGCACUUUCAGCAGGCAAAAAUGAUAUUGGAAAAUAUCCCAAACCCAGACCAUGAGGUCAACAGAAUUUUAAAGGUUGCCAAACCCAACUUUGUGGUUAUGAAGUUAUUGGCAGGAGGACACAAAAAGGAAUCUAAGGUUCCUCCUGAAUUUGAUUUCUCUGCUCACAAAUAUUUUCCUGUUGUGAAACUUGUUUGAGACUGAAAGGUGAUCAUAAAAGGGUAAAAUCUACUUUCAGAUUCUACUCUUAGAGGAUCCAUCCAUCCAGUCUUACCACAUAACAUGAAGUGAAAUGAAUUUCUUAGAUAACAACCCAUUAUAAGGAACACUUUUCAUUUGACAGCCUUACAUGACGUGAAUGAAAACUGCUGUUUUAAAGUGGUUUAUUAUGUCCAUGGAAGAAACUGGUCUUGUGGAAUGCAUUGAUGAACGUUAUAUGGUUUUAUUACAGAUUUAAUCAUAAAUCAUUUUUUAAUGAAUGAGUGAGUGAAAAUAGUGUUUGUAAAGAUUAAUAAAUUUCUUGACAAAAAUGCACUACUGGAGAUGAAAAACAAUAGUAUUUUGUUGAUACAUGUUAAGAAUAGAAGGUGUUUAGUCUUGAACAUUUGAGUAAUUCAAACAAAUCAUCCAAAAGAAGUGUCAAAUCAAGGGAUUUAUUAAACACUUGUAUGGGAUUUUGGCAAAAUACAUUUAAAAGGGAUUUUUGAGGGGAACCCUAAGCUACGCGUAGAUAGGGAGGCUAAAUUACAUGGGUGUUGUGAUUUUAUGUGUCAUGACGUCCUAAAUUAUAUACCUGUAAGAAUAUAGAUGUUUUAAAAAAUAUCCUUUAACUGUAACUUUCGCACUUUUAACAGAUUAAGGUUUAGGCCAAGCCCCUUAGAAGUACUUAGCACUUUUAGUUGUAAUUUAAAUAGUUAAUUGUUUCUAUCUUCCCAACUGUAGUAUAAACUUGAGAAAAGAGACUUCAUCUUUCCAGAACCUGCUCACUCACUAAAUAGAAUGUAGAUUUUUUUUUAAGAUAUAAAAGACAUCCUGAUGGCAUUACGUCAUCCUGGGGAAAACAAGGCCACUAGGGCUGUAGGCAGGCAACCUUUAGUAGAAGAAACAGUUGCUGGUGACAAAACUGAACGUUACAAGUGCAGAGGAAGUUGGAGGUGGUAAGUUGGAGUCUGAUGGCCUUGCCCUUGAGCAGUUUGCUUCAGCUGAAGAAAUUGGUUGAUUUGUCUGAUAUUUGCAAAUCAGUCUAAGCACAAGUUGGUAUAUCAAAUACCUGCACAUCAGGAGAGGAGGGAACCAGCACUGGUUGCUUUUGCAAUAAGGAACCAUAAAAUAAAACUUCGGAUGACUGAAUAUUUUUGUCAUCCUACAGCUGCCAAAGGUGUUUUAAAAGUUUGCUUUUGAAGAACUGUAAUGACCUGAGUUAUUGAACUUGUCCUCCUAUGCAUUCAGUUACAUUCUAAGACUUUUUCCUGUAGUCCUCUAAUAUUGCCUUCCAUUCCUUCCAUUUAAAAAGAGAAUGUAUCUGCUUUUGGAGGAUCAUGUAAAGUUAUUAUACAACUAAAUUACUAAACUGCAAAGAUACAGAUGCAGUACCUGCAACCUUUUGUUUACAACUCAAACAUUAAGCCAAGCUUAACGGAAAGGGUGGUGCUUGGUGCUGAUCACAGCUAGAAUAACUUGAAUGAGCCCAUCUCAAAAAACCAGAGCAAGAUUGUCCUUUAUAGGAAAAAAACUGGCUGCUGGUUAAGGUCACAGAACUACUCUUUUAAUGAUACUAAGAUGUUUAAUGGCAGCAGCUUUUUUGGAGAGUGAGUUAAAACAUUUAGGGGAACUCUUAAAUAUGAACAUACUCGUGUGAGUUCUGGAGAAAGGCAGACAUGGUGCAUCACCCUGGAAGUCCCAUUACCGUCAUUUCACUGCAGCUUUGAGAGAGACAUAGUAAACAGCAAGCUAACAUCAGGAGUCCUGCACAGACUCUGGCUUACUUCCGAAGGCUAAGUGGGUUUUCAUUCCUAAUUCCCAUGUGUCUAACAUUCAUUCAAAAGGCAUCUGUUCACCUGAAUCUGUUUAUAAAGGUUCGAAAGGCAAACUUCAGUUAUAUGGAAAAUUAAGUUAUCUAGGACCACAACUCUGAUCAAUCACAAUCAUUUAUUUGGACUUACAGUCAGAUAUUUACCAAGCACCCAUCACAGUACUAGAAUCUCUGUUGGAGUAGUAAGUUGUAGAAGCAAGGUAUGGUCUAUGUUACUCAACUCAGGACAAGGUAUAAUUUUACUCUAAGGAGUAAGGAUAUAAAACAAGCAUUUGUCUCAACUGGUUAGGGCCUUGGUUUGUAAAACUCAUCUGAAGUUUAUAUCUAGUUUAAAGAUGAAAAUAUUAAAGUCACUUCACUUUCCCAGAGAUGCACACCAGCAAAGACAAAAAGCCUUUUAGUUUUGGGGGGUUUAGUUAAGUGCAUGGGAAGAUAAUCUACUUUAAGUAAUCAUUCAGUGUGUACAUUUUCAGAAUUUUACAAACCAGUUUUUAAGGAACAGUGGCUUAGUACAGUUCAAGAAAGUGUUGUCCUCUUAGCUGAGGAAUAGCACACAAAUAUACAAACAUUUACGCAAUUAAAAUAACUAUUUUUCCAACUUUCUGAUACUAAUGAACAUUUUUAAAGUCUAAGCUAACCAUGUGGAAAAAAUGUAAUCCAGUUAAUGGAACCUCUUUAAAUUUAUAUGUUUUUCUAAAAUUCAUUUCAAACACAAGUAUUAGAAGUUGUUCAGUACCUGAUAAACUAUCGUUAUUUACAAUUAAUAAUCUUUUAGGCUAAAACACAGUGGAAGUAGACCGAUCCCCUCGGCUUUAAAGGACCCUGAAUUCACAAUUUUCUUCCACCACUCUAGGCUCUACUCUGAAUCGAUAACCAGCUAUUAGCAAUUAAAUAAUCAUGCUAGUUAUCAACCUAGUUAUUUAAUGACAGCAUACUGACUUAACAGGUAAUGCUUUAUUUCUCAAGUUUCAUCACACAAAAGCACAUACAUUAAGUAUGUGCUGUGAUUAGAUUACUAGGAUACUGUAGUCCAAGGUUGCUGAGGGAACCUUCAUCUGCAGUCUUAUCUGCAGGAGAAAAGAUCGAAUGACUCAUCACUCUUGUCUAUACGCCAUUUGAGAGCAAAGAGGAAGUGAAUUAAAUAGCAUUAUACCCAUGAAAAAUUGGGAUAACUGCUGAUGUAACUUUGGAUGGCACCAAAAACAACCAAGGUCAGUUUGGUACCUACUUGAUACUUAUUACACAGGAUUUUGUUUUGUUUGUUUAAACAGCCAUGUUACCUCUAAAUUGUUGCCUCGGAAUGGGUACCUGUGAUCUCAAAGGAAGCCAGUGGUAAUAGCAUGACUGCCUGGAAAAUAGCUCAAAGUACAUACCUGCUGAACGACUGGCCUUUUGAUGCCUCUGUAAAUGAAGAUGAAAUCAUCAUGGUUGCUUUUUAUUUAUAUUGCUAUCCCAUUCUCACUCCGCAGUUUAAAAGAUGGUUCUUUAGGGAUCAAAUAGGGGAUGAAGGAAAAACUGAAAGCAGUUUUAAAAGCUAAGCAGAGUAUUUCAUUCUCAGCAACUCUAUGCACACUGAUUAAACAAACAUGAGAUGAACCAGAGGCUUUAAUUAUUUGAGAAAGCAAAGAAUAUCAACCCUAAGACUAAAAGGGAGGUUGGGCAAGGACUUAGAUUAAAUCUUAUAAAGCUACUCAUACUUGUCUUCAGGUGCCUUUUCUGGGUGGAAGUUUAAUCUCAGUGAUUAGGUAAGAGGAUAUCAUACGUGAACAUUCAAGUAGGAGAUCUGAACCUGAUUGCAAACCAGGUCCUGUCUGCACUGGUGCCAGGGCACAGCAGGUCCACACUGGGUGUGCGGCCAGGCUUCAGCUCCACAACUUCUCUGGGCCCCCGUUUCCUCUGAAAACAAGGGGGUUCUACCAAAUGACCCGAGAAGCCUGCAUCGCAAACCCUGUAACUCUAAAUAUAUUUUAGGAAGCAUCACCACCCACUUACACUUUAGAGAGCCUCACUGAAAGUCACUAGUGGGACUGCCAGUCAUUCACAAGUGGCAAGGACCUAUUUACUUGAAAUAUUAAGAACCAACUCAAAUCAAACCUAAUGUCACUAUUAUUGAUGUAAAUUAUGAUCCGUCGUUUUCAAAUUAACAUUAACUUUUUAUUUUUAAAUCAGUUUUGAGUUGUUUAUCAUAAGCUAAAUAUGUAAACUAGGAUAAAAACACUUGACAUUUCUCUUGCCUUUCUAAACUUCCCUGUUUGUAACACUGGAUAUAUCUUCUCUUUUCCUCUAAUGAAACAGGCAGUUUGUCUACAACUAGCCCCAUGGUGCUCUGCUGUGAGCACCCGGGGUCACCUCCUCUGGCCCCCGUUGUGUCAAGUCUAAUCCACUCGUGGUUUUCCUUGGUAAUAUGGACUUAUUACUGAAGACUUUGCUCUGCCCACACAUAUUAGCAAAGAAAGUAUAGAUCACAAGUGUUGGAAGUUUCAAGUCACGUAACAUUAAUGACAAGGAUUAUUAUACAAGUAGUCUUUUUAAAAAUUCUCCCACAAAACACCUUUGUAUUUAGACUCGUUUAAAACUGUUGCUGGAGUGUCAGAACGAGAGAUGAGCGUACGAAAGAAUAAACAUAAUCGUUCAUGCUGACCAGGUUGCUACCGUCACUCGCCACACCAUGUGGAAAAGAGAAUGAUUCCAGGAGGAACCCGGGAAAAAGGAGUUCUCUAAGUACAGUGGAUUGCUCCUCUGUGUUAGAAGACGGACUUUUAAAGUUAGACUCCAGACUAAGAAGUGCCACCGUCACUAUACUUGAAGGAGAACUUGUGUUCUAUUUUUGGUGUUGAUCAUCUCAUGAAAUACCUAUUAGACAACCCAUUUUAACAUCUUUAAUAUAGACACUUCAAAAGUACCCCCCCAAAAAAUGUCGAAAAGACAAUCUCAUUUUCCUACAUAAAGUACAUACUAAAAUUCCCCAAUGAUCAUCUUUAGAUGAAAAUUCUACUUAGUACAUUUCACAGUAUUCAAUCUUUCGUGAUCUCUGUUUUGUAGUGAGCUCUGUUCAGUCCUGACACGAAGUAUGUGAUUCCAGUUUAAUUCAGAGUGUGUGAUUCCUC